AUGAGUCUUGAAGCCUCGUCAUCAAGGAAAGCUAAGAAGGAAAAACCAUCGGUUUCUGUAAACGCAACCAGUACCUCAAAAACCAACAAGCUUGUAGCCCGCAAAACACGCAAAGAUCGCCAUGCAAAGGUGGAAGGCAGAGACAGGCGUAUCCGAUUACCUGCUCUGUGUGCCGCACGGAUCUUUCAGCUAACUCGCGAACUGGGUUACAAGACUGAUGGCGAAACCAUUGCGUGGCUCUUGCGCAAAGCUGAGCCAUCGAUCAUUGCGGCUACUGGAAAAGGUGUUAAUAAUCCUUCUGUUCCUGUAAAUGUCCGUAAAGAUAAUUUGGUUCCUGCUAUUGUUGCUCCGAGCCCACCUUUGCUUUUGGAUUUGAGUGCGCCUCCUUUGAGUUAUUGUGAGGCCAAACUCUUUCCUCGACAGGAUCAAGGAAUGUUAAAGAAUAUUUCUGUGGGUUCAAGUUCGAGGGCUGUCAAUGAUAUUGAUGAACCCGCAUUGUCGUCUUUUGAGUUUGACAUGAUUGCAAAUUUUGAUAUGGCGUUUACUGUGAACGAGAUGGCCAUGUUCGAAACGGUGCUGCCGGAGAAUGACGAAAACGAGGAGAAUUCAGAGGAGUAA